UCGGUCGAAAACGACCUUCGUACUAUUUGAAGGCACGUGGCAGUGGGUUCAAUGUCUGAUGGGGAUUUGCAACGUGCCUGCCACAUUUCAACGGGCUAUGAACGUGACGUUCCGGAACUUCGUCAACAAGACGCGGCUCACUCAGGGGAUGAUUAACUUCUGCGUCAUCGUGUAUAUGGACGACAUCCUCGUCUACUCGGAGACCUUUCACGGGCAUGCACAACACAUGGAAUGGACACUGGGAGCUCUGAGCGACGCCGGGCUCAAGAUCGCGCUCGAGAAAAACGAGUUUUCCCUCUCGGAAAUCUCAUUCUUGGGUUACGUGGUGACACGUGGAGGACAGCGACCAGAUUCAAGGAAAGUCGCGGCGGUGAAAAAUGCUCCCGUCCCCACGUCAGUGACGCAGGUUCGAGCUUUCCUGGGACUAGCAUCGUACUACUGUCGUUUUAUCAAAGGCUUCGCUGCGAUUGCGCGACCUCUGAGGAAUCUGCUACGAAAGGACCAGCCCCUCAGUUUGGACGCAAAGUGCGAACAGGCCUUCGCCACCCUCAAAGACGCUCUGGCGACAACACCUAUUUUGAUCCGGCCGGACCCCACGAAGCAGUUCAUUUUUAUCACGGACUGGCAGCCAGAGGCGAUUUCCGCUAUUCUAGCGCAGAAGGGGAACGGCGACCGAGAGCACGUCAUCGAAUACGCAUCCCGUACGGUGCCAGAUGAACGAAGGAACGAUUCAACCCCGCAAGGUGAAUGCUAUGUCGUAGUCUGGGGAAUCCAACACUUCCAUCCGUACUUGUACGAACAGAAGUUCCUCCUUGUAACCGAUCACGAGCCAUUAUUGGCUCUCAAGAAACUCACUAAUUACACAGUGUGUUUGGUCGGGGUGCAGCUGACGUGGACAAGGGGCAUAGAACACCGUGCCUGGACUGAAUACGUGGAUCUGUUGAUCAUCCAAGCUUGGAGGACGGAGAUGGAAGGAGACCUUCUCGGAUUUCUAUCCGGAUCGGUGCGGCCCGGCCAUCGACAACUGAUCAUACAGGAGCUCACGAUUCCCUUCGCGCAGCUGGUCGACGACCUCCCUCUCGAUAACGUUUCGCAGUGCGAUGAAAGUCCGGUCCCGCACAUCCUUUCACAAACUCUGACGCCCUACCUACAGUGGUCGGCCUGCCUCGAGUUGCAGGGAGGUAACAGCAACCUGCCAUCGCAACGAGUGUACCUGGACCUGCGGAGGAUAAUCGACCUCGCCUUCUUUCAGCCUCGAACUGCCUCUGAAGACAGAAGGCUAACACUAGAGGAGGAAGAAGAAGAGGUCGUAGAGGAAGGCAACGAGGAGGAAGAAGAGAAAACCUCGGAAGAAGCGGGGAGUUACAGUGAAUACAGCGAGGAAGAGUCGGGUGAAGAGGAAGAAAAAGGAGAAGAGGAGGAGCAGUUGGAGGAAGAGGAGGAAUCUGAGUGGGAGACUUUGGGUGAAGAAGCGGACCGUGCAGAGACUCAAGAGGAGGAUCCCGAGGCGGCGCGAAGGAGAGAGGAGAUAGCAGCCAAGAAGCAGCCGUUGGAGUUCGCAAGCGGAGUGGAUCUGCCUAUCCCGAACGACCCAGCCAAGGAUCCCGAGCCGCCCAAGAACGACGAUGGGGACCUAGCUGCCGAGACUUCGAGCGCACCGGCCCGACGGCGACGAAGCCGAUCCCCCUCCCCCUCCACCUUCGCCCGUCCACCAGUUCGAGCUCGUACCGAUGCGGGGCAUCGGGCUUCGUCCCCGGUCCUUAUCCCAUCGUCCCCUUGACCACCUCACCCUCCGCCAGAUCACUACCCGCAUCACCUUCCCCUGCAAUCCCUUCCCAAUCG